GUUGGCUAAUGCCUAAUGGCUGGUCAGAAACCACAAGCAGACAAACAAGCCCAGUCCGGUGUCGUGGAGCCGCCAGCGGCCUCUGCUUCUUCUUCCCCGAUCCGUCUCCUUCAGGCCUUCGCCUCAGGCGGCUUGCUUGCUUGCUUGCUCGCCUCUCUUCGCCGCCGUGCCAUCGUCUGCUCCACGCGAUCUCUCCGCCCCUCCGCCGAAUACCCGGCGCGCGGCCUUCCCACUGCUGAGGUGGGGCAUCGCCAUUGUUCUGGAAUGAGGUGUCGGGGCUUGGUGGUGCUAUCAUUACUCACGUUACACGUUCUGUUGUGCAUUGUUAAUGGCGUCUUCUCUGGCCGCACGAGCUCUUAUGUGCGCACGGAAUUCCCGUCCACAGAUAUGCCUAUAGACAGUGAGUGGUUUGCAACUCCAAAUGGCUACAAUGCUCCACAGCAGGUUCAUAUCACACAAGGCGACUAUGAUGGAAAAGCUGUUAUAAUAUCAUGGGUCACUGUAUCAGAACCUGGGCUAAGUGAAGUGUUUUACAGUAAAGAAGAGAACCGCUAUGAUCAGAAAGCAGAAGGAACAUCAACAAGUUAUACAUUUUACGAUUAUAAAUCUGGAUACAUACAUCAUUGCCUUGUUGAUGGCCUUGAGUAUAACACUAAAUAUUAUUACAAGAUUGGAACGGGAGGUUCAGCUCGAGAAUUUUGGUUUCAAACACCUCCAGCAAUCGAUGCUGACGCAUCCUACACGUUUGGCAUCAUAGGUGAUCUGGGGCAAACAUUCAAUUCUCUCUCAACUCUACAACAUUAUGAAAAAAGUGAAGGACAAACUGUUCUAUUUGUUGGGGACUUGUCAUAUGCUGAUAGGUAUGAACAUAAUGAUGGAAUUCGGUGGGAUUCUUGGGGUCGAUUUGUUGAACGUAGUACUGCAUAUCAACCAUGGAUAUGGAAUUCUGGGAACCAUGAGAUAGAAUACAGGCCUGAUCUGGGAGAAACCUCUACAUUUAAGCCAUAUCUGCACAGAUAUAAAACACCAUACUUGGCAUCAAAUAGCAGCUCCCAAAUGUGGUAUGCAGUCAGGCGGGCAUCUGCUCAUAUUAUCGUCCUCUCUAGCUAUUCUCCAUUCGUAAAAUACACUCCCCAAUGGAUGUGGCUGAGGAGUGAAUUCAAGCGUGUGGACAGGGAGAAGACACCUUGGCUUAUUGUUCUCAUGCAUGCUCCCAUGUACAACAGCAACAAUGCACAUUAUAUGGAGGGAGAGAGUAUGAGGGCUGCUUUCGAGAAAUGGUUUGUGAAGUACAAAGUCGACUUGGUAUUUGCAGGGCAUGUUCAUGCUUAUGAGAGAUCGUAUCGUAUAUCUAAUGUCAACUACAACAUAACAUCGGGGAGUCGAUAUCCAGUGCCAGACAAAUCUGCUCCUGUGUACAUAACAGUUGGUGAUGGGGGCAACCAGGAAGGACUUGCCUCAAGGUUUAAUGAUCCACAGCCAGAUUACUCUGCCUUCAGGGAGGCCAGCUAUGGCCAUUCGAUUUUGCAGCUGAAGAAUAGGACUCAUGCUGUCUACCAGUGGCACAGAAAUGAUGACGGGAAGCAUGUACCCGCAGACAACGUGGUGUUCCAUAACCAAUACUGGGCAAACAACACACGUCGGAGGAGACUGAAGAAGAACCAUUUUCGCUUCGAUAGCAUCGAUAACCUGAUUUCCAUGCUCUAGGAGCUGUUCCCGCAGAAACGUUUACAGCACAGAAGUUUCAGCAACAGUGGGGGAAAGUUCUGUUGCUUGCUUGCGCGUUGAUCGACCCGCGAGGCAAGACAAUAGGCAAGAUGAGGCAGGCCAUCAGAUUCCAUGCCAAGAAGUCAAAUAUUGAAGUUUGUGGAUUUCCCCUCUUACAAACUGUACCCUAUAAUGAGCACCAAUCUGUACACUACACAUGUAAAAUUCCGCGAUGAACAUCACAGCCUCCCUACUCCCUGCUAUAUUGCUGCUUGUAUUGCCAAUUGGAUCGUCCAAUUCAUUUAUAAAAUAUUACGGGUAUGAACUGAGAUAAAUAUUACCGCAA